AUGAAUCCGAAGAAACAUUCCGCCACUGUCCCCAGGCCAUGUCCAUCCCUUUUCGUCCAACCCCACCCCAGCCAUGUCCAGCUGCGACGACCUGAAUCGCUGACGCUGACUGACGCUUCGAUGUCGGAAUGUCAGGCGCUGCUUGGGGAGGUUCAUGCAGCCUUAGAGAAGAACGGUGAGUCCUAUGUGCGACAGUGUGGAUUUGUCUAUCAGAUUCACAUCAAAAAUGCCAGCAAUGAGUUGGCUCUGGGCGAUUUCACCUUGGAUUUGAAACAUGGAUCUGGUUUUCUACGUCCUGGCAUGGAUUCUCAAGCGGACGUCUUCUUGAGCAUCGUGGACGAAGACAUGGUUGCCAUGGCCAAGGGCAAUUUGAGCACCUUCAACGCCCUGCGUGACGGGCGUUUAAUCAUCAAAGGUGACCAGUUGGCUUCCCAUGUCUUGAGCGAAAUCAUGGAACGCAUCCAGCGUGAGAAGAGGAACACAUUGCCUCGUCCGGAACCGCAGAGCGACGAAGUGACGCUGCUUUGGCGCCUGGGUGCCGUUUGCGGCUGCUGUUUGCUGGUGCUGCUUGCGCUGGUCAUGGUAAACCCAUGGGAGGUGAAGAGGUCCUCUGGUGGGCCGCGGGAGCUGGAAAAAGUAGCGCACAUGUCGGAUAGCAGCAUCCAACGCCUCAACGACGGUGCGGUCAUGAAGAUUGACAAUUUCACGUCUGUGGCAUUUUCCAAACUCUUCCUGCCCAUGAAGGGACCCAAGGCCGUGCAUCCCUUGCCCCUGACGCGGCCGUCGGAUGUCUUCCUCGUGGGCGUGCCGGGCAGUGGAACCACCUGGCUGAGUCAUAUCAUGCACGGCCUGCGAAGCGAUGGAAGUAUGUCCUUCGAGGACAUUUUGCAGGUGGUCGCGUGGUGGGAAACCUUGGGCUUUGCCAACUCCUUAGCUGCGCAAAGUCUGAGCCCUCGUCUCUUCUUCUCUCACAGGUUCUUCGGAGCUUUGCCAUCCAAUGUCCGCUACGUGGUGCUAAUGCGUGAGCCCUUGCAGGUCUUGCAAUCGCAGUAUGCCUACUUUUGCAACAGCUCGUGGGCUGAGCUUGCAGGACUCAAACCGGGAGAGAUGAACCUGAAUUUGUUCACUUCUGGCAUCUUUGCCCGGGUCAACCGCAAUGAGGUUUGGCGCUACAUCGUGGAUUGGUACCAGUGUUGCUGGACGAAGCCGGAGGCUCUCUGGAUCACCUACGAGGACUUUGCUGCGGAUCCUGCCACGCAGAUUCGCAAACUGGGCAGAUUCCUCUUGGCCAAUGAGCCAGGUCAGGAGACGAUUCGACGAGUGGUGCAGCAGAGUAGUCGCGACUUCAUGCUCGAGCACGAAGCAAAGUUCGACAAACAUUUCCUGCUGGAUCAGAUUGACCUCUUCAAACGAAAGGAUGGUUCCCGUGCCCGUCUACCCCGGAUUCGCGCAGAUGCCUCCAUGGAGAUACAUCCGCUGACCGUGGAAUUCUUGGAGGUGAGAUGGACCAGGAUAGUCACACCUGUGACUGGCUUCAGAACGUACGAAGAGAUGCGUUAUGCCAUUCAGCAGCGGCAACUUCAUGCAGCUUCAGGAUCUCUUGAGAGCUGGUUGCCACGGUCGCACGGCAUGUCGCAUUUCCUUUUCGCGACGGUGUUGCUCACCGGGUUAUUGCUGGCAUUUAUCGGAUUACAGCCGACCCUGGCGCGAUCCUUGGCCACCAGGCUCUGGAUCCAAGGGCGCUCCCAAUAUCGACGAAGCAUGAGUCACUUCUUGGAUUCCAAGAAGACAGAUCCGGAGCUGAAGGCUGGCAAAACCAGUGCUGGUGGUUUCAUCGUGUGAAGCCGGGGGGGGGUUCCCCAUCCAGAUCAGCCGGGUGCACAGUGAAGAUAG